AUGGAUGAAGCACAAUGGGAAAGAUUGAUGAACAAAAACUCGCUCGAUUCAAAUCAAGUCGAACGUUUCCGUAUUCUUGAUCGGUUGAAAUACGGACAAACAUUUCUUCACUUUCGACUCCAUGGUCACUCCUAUUCACAUUGGUACUUUCUCAGUAUAUCCGAGCAUGCAAUCUACUACUAUCCUUCGUCAAAACGAUCUAAACGUCUAGCAUGCCAAAUCAAACAUAUCGACGAAGUUCGUUCGGGUUUCACAACGAGCGUAUGGAAGAAAUGUUUAGAUAAAGGUGUAGUUACGCCUGAACAGUCCAUUCGAGCAUUAUCGAUACUAUAUCAAAACAAUCGCUAUUCUCUUGAUCUACUUGCUCAAACCGAACAAAUUUGUUCGGAGUGGAUCGAAUGUUUGGAGUAUUUAACAAGCCGUUAUCGUUCUCAUCUGUGUACGUAUCAUGAAAUAACCGAUGAAUGGAUCCAGUACUUAUUCUCUAACGCGGAUCACGAUCAUUCGAACAUGUUAGAUCGAAAUGAGAUUCGACGACUUCUAUUUACAUUGAAUAUUAAAUUAAACGAUAACGAAAUUGAUAAAUAUUUCCGGCAAGCGAACAUUCGAAAGAAUAAUUAUGAACAAUUGACCCAUUUGGAUAAAGAUGAAUUCUUGUUAUUUUAUAAAUUCGUAUCGAAUCGAUCGGAAUUAUUGAAAAUUAUUUGUCGAUUCAAUCAUAGCACACCGAAACAAACAGCAGCAACACUUUCUGAUUAUUCUGUAAUCAACAAUUUGCCAUUCACAACGCCACUCGAGCAGCGACAGGAUACAUCGUCGAUCAGUUUUCGGAAAUCGAAAUCGAGGAGUAUAUUUUCUCGAUGUCAUCGGCGUCCGAGGCUAAAAAUCUCGUCGGAAAUUGCCAUCGCUGGCAAAAAGAACUAUUUAACAAUGAAGCAACUGAGGAAAUUCCUAGUCAGGGAACAACACAUGAAAAACAUUUCCUACGAAGACUGUUCGAAGCUAAUAGACAGGUUUGAACCGUCAGAUCAACGACGCAGUUACAAAGAAUUAAGUGUAGAUGGCUUUCGUUUACUUUUACUUCAUGAUGAAUUCUGUAUAAUCGAUAUUGAGAAAACGGAACGUGUGUAUCAAGAUAUGACACGACCAAUAACGGAUUAUUUCAUUGCGACAUCUCAUAACACUUAUAUUCGCGAUAAUCAAGUCUAUGGAAAUUGCACGCAUGAAACGUUUAUUCAUGCGUUACGCAUCGGUUGUCGAGCUGUAGAAUUGGAUUGUUAUGAUGGAGAUGACAUGGAACCGAUUGUUUACCAUGGGAAAACAUUAACGAAACCUAUUACAUUUCGGGAUGCGAUCUCUGCUAUCGAAACUGUAGCCUUUACGGCUUCACCGUAUCCCGUGUUUUUAAACAUAGAAAAUCAUUGCUCCUACGAACAGCAAGAGACAAUGGCUCGUCACCUACGAGAAAUCCUCAAAGAUUGUCUUUUGUCAAAAGUGUUGGCAGAUGAGUUUGAAGUAUUACCGUCACCGGAGGAAUUGAAAUAUAAAAUAAUAAUUCGAAGUCGUCGAUUUUCAAAAGGACAAGUUGUAACUGAUCCAGAAGAUGGUGAACGUAAUGAUGAAAUGGAAUCAAAUUCAAAGGAUUAUCAUCCGGAUUUCUCAAAGUUAAUCAUUUAUUCUGAAAUCGUUUCGUUGAAGAGUAUCGAACACACGAUAUCGACACAGAAAUGCUUUCAUUCGAUUUCAUUCAAAGAAUCGAAGAUCAAUCAUUUAAUUGAUGUCGACACACCUGAGCAUCUCGAUUUGAUCAAAUUAUCUAAACGUCAUUUAGUGCGGGUUUAUCCAGGCACCAAACGACAAAACUCUAGUAAUAUAAAUCCCAUCAACUAUUGGUCUUAUGGCGUUCAAAUGGUUGCACUUAAUUAUCAAGCCAAUGACCGACCGAUGUGGCUGCAAGAUGGAUUUUUCAGCGACAAUGGAGGAUGUGGCUACCUCCUCAAGCCAUCGUUUUUGCUCUCCGAUGCCGUAUUCUUCAAUCCGAAAGAAAAACUUCAUGACAAUAUGAAAUAUUUACAAAUACACAUUAUCAGUGCUCAACACUUGCCGAAAGAAAAUGAUUCUAUCGAACAUCACGACAUCGUUGAUCCAUACGUUGAAGUUUUCACUUAUGGUAUCCAAUGCGAUAAUACAAAACAUCGAACACCAUCCGUGCGUAACAAUGGACUUAACCCCAUAUGGGAUUAUCGAAUCAAUUUAGAUAUCUAUUGCCCGGAAUUGUGUUUGAUUAUGUUCGAAGUACGAGAUAAAGAUCGAUUGAAUCGUUCAACGUUUCUCGGACAAGCUUGCAUCCCGUUCAACGCACUCCAACGUGGCUAUCGGCAUAUCAAACUAAAAGCAAAGAACGGAAAUUUUAUUCAUGGAACAUUGUUUGUUCAUAUUCAAAUCGAUUGA